CCGCCCGGCCCCGUCUCGUUGGCGGCGAGGCCAAGGCGGUCACGUCUUUCCUGCCUUAGCGCGAGGCGAUUGGGCAGCAGCGGCGCCGCGCGGCCUUCUGUGGCAGCAGGAGGAGUAGGAGGGGGGAAGGGGGCGUGGCCUUGCCCUCACCGACUACCGUUGCCGUGAAGGGACAUGUGACCGCGGGCGGGCGCGCGCUCGGGCUCAGGAGGAGAGCGGCCUGCUGCUGACUUUCCGGCCUUCGAAGCCUGCGGAGCCAGGCCUCCCUGACGAAGGAAGGCGGUUGAGUUUCUUAAGCAAAAAUGAAGAAUAAAAACCAGUGUCUGCAGAAUGGUGAAGAUGAGAAACAUGAAGGCAACGAAGGUAAAGAGAAUGAAGAGGAUUGUUCCUGUUCUUCAAGCACUUUACCUGAUGAAGGUGACAGGUGCCCCAUCUGUCUAAAUUGUCUGACAGAGCAGGAAGUUGGUUUUCCAGAAAAUUGCAGUCACAUUUUUUGUCUGGCCUGCAUCCUUAAAUGGGCAGAAACUAGGCCUUCAUGUCCUGUUGACCGCAAACAGUUCCAAGCUGUAUAUAAACUAAAUGCUUUGAAAGACUGUAUAAAGGUUCAGAUAAAGCAGCAAGUAAGCAAAAAAGAUGACCUACUUUGCUGUAAAGAGGGCAAGUAUUGCCCAAUGAAAAACUGCACCAGAAAACAAGAAAAUGCAGAGAAAAGUACUUUAUCAGUAGUCUCCGGUAAAGCCUUGAACCAAAAACACAAUUCUUCUAAUGAGGGAGAAGCUAAGCAUUCUGUGAAGAAAAAUAAGCCCAGAAGACAGACUUGCUUAAACAGAUUAAUCAGAGGUAGCUUCCAUGAUAGAUUUUCUUCUAAUAGUAGUUUCCCUGGAGAAUCUCCUAACUAUGAACAUGAACGUAUAGAGAUCAGCAAAAUUGAUACAGUUAUUGGGCACAAGAGAAGAGAACUGGACCUGUCAUGUUCCGUGCUAGCUAGACUGGCAAGAAUUCCUUCCUUAUGCUGUGAUGGAGAAAUGGUAGCCUGUCUUCUGGUUUCCACUGUCAUUGUGGGAACUGGCUUUUCAAUAAGUACCACGCCUCUGGAAAACUUUGGAUCAUCAGAAAGAGGCCAUGUUGUUACAUAUGUCCAGGAAGGAGAGGAGAAAAAACAAACUUCUGGCACAGCUGGCACAAGAGGCUCAAGGAGGAAAGUUGCAGAUACUACUCCUAGACGAAGAUCUGCUCGAAAUGUUAAAACGGAAACUUUGAAUCCGCCUCAGAGUCCACCAAAAUCAAGCAAUUCUGGAUGCGAAGCCAGUGGUGAUGGUGACUCCUUUGUGAAUGCUUCUGGUGAAGAGUCUGAGAAAUUACCUCCAAAACGGAAGGCUAAAAGGGGAGUUAAACAGCAGGAACCUGUAGUGAAAAAGAAACUCAGAAGCUCUAGACGCUAUGGGAAAACAUCUAGUGAUGAAGUAGAAGUUGAAGAAUCUGAUGAGACAAAGAGAACUCUGCUACUAGAUAAAGAUAGUUUACUGGAGAGUGCAAAUAGCACCUCUGACUUAAGUCAGAAAAGUGAUGCAGAAACCCAGUCUGCUAAUGGCUUAGAAAACUCCAAAGACUGUGUAGAAUAUAAAGAAGAGCCCCCAAAAGACCCUGAUGAAGGACGGGAUGCCUUAGAUAUCAUAGACACUGAUUCAUGUUCUCAAGAUCCUCCUUUACUCACUUUAGAGGGGGAAAUUUCUUCCUAUUCACAAGAUCCUCCUAUACUUACCUUAGAGGGAGACAGUGAAAACUGUAAAACAAAAGAUGACACUGUAUACGAAGAUAUUUCAUGCUGUGCGAGUACUGUUGAUCAUGUAGACCAGCCUUUACCAAAUGUUUCUAGUGACGAAUUAUGUGGUGACACUGUAACACUUACUCAUCAGUCCAGCGAAUUAGAGAGUCCUAAAAAUGAAUUGCCUAUGCAUGAACUGGAACCUGCAGUGCUGACAGGUUCCUGUUCACCCACUUCGGAUAGUCCAGGGGAUGAUUCGUUAGAAAAAUCAGUUUGUGUUCCAGUAGAAGGUGAUAUAUCCACUGCUCCUGGAAAUGAUGUUCUAGGGGUAGCAGAAUCUAUGGCAAUAACAGACAAAUCAUUGUCUGACACUGGAAACAAAUCCCCAGAGGAACAGGGUUCCAUAGAGGUAUCUGAUGAAUCACUUACUUGUUUUAGAAAUGAAUUGUUGAGGGAAACGGAACCUUUAGCAACAGAAAUGUUGGAGAGACCUGGGAGUGAAAGCCCAGAGAGGCCACUGUCUUCCCAUUCUGAAAAUACAUUGUCAGAAGGAAAUGAAUUUGAGAUGGCAGUUGAGGAACCAUUAGAUAGCUCUACAAGUAAAUUAAAAGAACCUCCAAUGUCAGUAGAAAAUGAAGAUGCUAAAGCUGGAGAAGAAGAAGAAGAAGCAUCAGUAAAUCGAGAUUUAGACCAUGAAAAUCUACAGGGAACUGAUAUAUUAUUAAAUAUUUCUGUAGAGGAACAACAUGAGCAAUCUGUAGAAAAUAUUAAUGAAGAAUCUAGACCUGAUUCAUCACCCAGUGUGUGUACUGAAGAAAUGAAACAUUUUAGUGAAGACAACACUGAGAUAGUAGCUAUGGAAUGUGACUCAUUUAGCAGUGACCAGAAUGACUCUCAGAUAGACCAGCCAUUGAUGUGUGAGAGUCUACAGCAAGAGGCAAGCUCCUUGAUUCAUGACACCGAACACUUGGCAUCAUUUUCAGUACUUUCAGGCAAGAAAGAAGAAACAGAAAUCUCCACAGAAAUUAAAAAAGAAAAAAAGCCUCGAAUUAGAAGGUCAAGAUUUCAUUCUCCAUCAACAACUUGGUCUCCCUCCAAAAGGGAGGGGAAAAGAUCUCAGUCUCCCUCUCCCACUAGAGAAAUAAUAUCUGAAAGCAGAAUGUCUCGAUCUCCCAAAAGAGGCAGUUGCAAAGAAGGGCAGCAGUCUCUAUUGCAAUCUCCAGUAGGAGAUAGUGUUCUAGAAGAGGUGGGUUUGCUGCCUGGUUCUCCAAAAAGAGAUUUGGCAGGUAGAGGAUCUCCAUCCACUUCUCCAAAAAGAGAUCUAGUAGAAGAAAAGAGGUCACCACCAAGCUCUCCAAAAAGAGAUGCUGUAAGAGAAGAGAGACGGUCUCCAUCUGGUUCUCCAAAAAGAGAUCCACGCAGAGAAGGAAGGAGGUCCUCUUGGAUGCAAGCAAAGGACUCUUCUCCAAGGCACAAAUGUAGAUCUCAAAGUAGGGAUAGAGAGAGUGAUAAAGAUGGGCUAAAAAAAGAUCAUGAAAGAGAGAGGAGUAGAAGGAGAUGGUCACAGUCACGUUCCCGAUCCCGGUCUCGAUCCCGAUCCCGGACAAGAAGCAAAGCUCCAUCAUUCCCUAGAAAUGAGAGGGACAGCUAUUCACCUCCCAGAUGGAAGGAACGGUGGGGAAAUGAUAACUGGAGAGGUCCCAGAGGAAAUGAUAGAUAUAAAAGAAAUGAACAAGAGAAGCACGCUGAGAGUAUGAAAAGAGAGAGGGACAACAUUAACAAAGAUGCUGACAAGCAGAGUUCUUCUGAACAGUAUAGAAAAGAUUAUCCGGAUUGGAUUAUGGAAAAGAUAAAUUCAGUUCCAGAAACAAGGAACAGAGAAACAUUUAAAAAUGAACCAUGGGAAGAAAACAGACAUAAUAAUUCAGGACCUCCAUGGAAUAGAAAUUUUGGAUCAGGUUGGAAUUCAAACCGUGGCAGAGGUGCCCGUGGUAGGGGUGGUCGUGGUAGGGGUGGCUUUACGUAUGGAGAACAGACUGAGAAUCGCUGGCAAACAAGGAAGCCCCACUCAGGGAAUGCCGAUAAUUCUGGAAAUGAAAGUUCAAGAUUCUCAGAGCACCAGUCAUACAAGCGCAAACCAGAACAAGAUUACUCCUUUGAUACACCUGUCGAUAGGUCUGGGUGGACAUCUGCAUCAAGCUGGGCUGUGAGAAAGACUUUACCAGCUGAUGUACAGAAUUAUUAUUCCAAAAGAGGAAGGAAUCCUUCAAGCCCACAGUCGUCAUGGACAAAACAAGAAGAAGUAACUUCUGAACAAGAUCCAAAUUUCAAAGACCAGGGCAACCAACAAAAUGAUAAUUCUCAACUUCCAAUAAAUGUGCUGCAACCUCAGAUGAAUGUAAUGACACCAGUGAAUACGCAACAUCAACCAAUGAAUCUCUUCCCGUAUCCAAUGGCUGUUCCUGCUCCUAUUAUGAACAUUCAGCACAAUCCGUUUAGUCUUCCUCCACCGGUCCCCAUGCAUCUUCAUUCAGGAGUGCCUCUCGUCCAAGUAGCAGCUUCAGCCAGUGUCUCUCAGGGACCGCCGCCACCUCCUCCACCACCACCACCGUCCCAGCAGAUUAACUAUGUUACUUCCCAGCCAGAUGUAAAGCAGUUACAGGCUAUUCCUAGUACUUCCCACGUUGCCAACAACAUGAGUACGCCACUCUUGCCUGCCCCAGCAGCAACUCUGGGAAGUGUGGAAACAGUGCAGGGACCAAGUUCUGGUAAUGCCACAUCGUCAAGUAACACCAAAACUUCUAAUGCUGCUAUAAAAUUGGCCGAAAGCAAAGUAAGUGUAACAGUGGAAGCCAGCGCAGAUAGCUCGAAGAAAGACCAGAAGUUACUAAUUCAGGAAAAAGCUGCGCAGGAAGUGAAAAUGGCUAUUAAGCCUUUCUAUCAAAAUAAAGACAUUACUAAAGAAGAAUAUAAAGAAAUUGUAAGAAAAGCAGUAGAUAAAGUUUGUCAUAGCAAGAGUGGGGAAGUGAAUUCUGCAAAAGUGGCAAAUUUGGUAAAAGCUUAUGUGGACAAAUACAAACACUCACGGAAGAAAAAUCCAGACGAGGCUGUUUCUAUGGAAAGGAAAUGAGCGUAGCCUGAACAAUGCCAUCGAGAUGUCUGCAAAGUGCAAUUUUGUCAUGGACUUUAACCGAAAAAUAGUGGUUGAAAUCUGAUUUUGAUAAAAUUAUUUUUCAAUAUAGUAUAUAAUGUUUUGUUAUAAAUAAAAUAUAGAUUAAUGCAACGUCUUGAUCCUUUUGCAAAAGGAUAUGUAAAGAGAAACUAAAAGGAAUAAAGGAGAGUGCCCCUCUUAUCAGUAAUAUGCAGUUGUGUUGAAUGCCACAUGUACAGCAUUUUGAUUCAAACUGUAGUGUAUAGACACAAAUGUUUGUCAGAAUACAGUGAUUUGGACAGAGAUAAUGUACAGUAUAUGUAAAUCAGUCAGGGAAAAAAAUCAUGGCAGAUUUUUCUUUGGUCCUGUUGGCUCUCCUCUCCUCCCCUUCUCCUUUUCCUGUACUAGCAAAAUUAGGUGUUUUCCUUUCAGUGUAGAGGCUCAACGUGUGUUUUGAACACACACUGUGCCCGAACAAAAGAACAACAUCAUUCUGCAAACAUAAAAUUUGUUACUUGGAAUCGUAAGCAUAGUUUUUCUAUUGGAAAAACCAAAUAAAGGCUAUGCUGCUGCUGUUUUUUGUGGCUUUUGAGUUCUUGUUUUGACUUCUGAAACUCAGUUUAGUUCAAAAAAGCAUGGUGCAGGCAACCAAAAUUAGUGUAUUACUCUCUCAACCUUUGGAGUAAUCCUGUGAGUCUGAAAACUGUCCUUGGUUUUUUUCUGUUGGGGCAUUAACUCCCCGACCUCUGUCUGGUGUUGUUUAAAUACAGUAUGCUUUGUUUUUUAUCUUGUGACAAUUAAGCAAAUUUCUCCCCUCAAUAUAAAGGAGAGAGUGUCAGCAAUAGCUAUUGUAAUAUUUACCUGUAAUGUAGCAUUCUAAGUUUUGGUCCGGUGUAAGCAGCUGUCCGUAUUAGGCAUGUAAAAGCAGGAUUUUCCGUAACACAAUGAAGGCAGCAUAAUAAAUUGCUGAGCUCUCAUUUCAUUAUGACAGAAAAUUAGAAUAAUGCAUGAGGCCAUGUCUUAUCCAAAAUCUUAUUAUUGGGUUAAUUGGAAGUAUUACACAGUGAAUAAACAGUGGCACUAGGGUUGGUUGCUUCAUAGCAAGGCAUUAAGUAUACUGGAGUUUUACUUGCAAUGUCUCGGUUGGACUUGUACUGAUUUUACCAGACCGUGAAGCUCCUUUUAGAGUAAAGAAAGAAAGGGGCCUUGGUUUAUUUUCCUUUGAAACAAAGUGCUAUUAUAGUGCAAUUAAUCUCCUCAGUGUUUAAUUGCGGCAACUAGGGUGUGUGUCAUGCUUUUGUGCGCAGUUUAGCAAGAUGUGAAGCAGAUCAGACAAACAGUUCGGCCCUGCGUUCCUGGCGGCACUUCCUGGUGGCAGGAUCCACGAGGGCCCAAAGCCAAGGAUAAAUCAACAAAUACGGAAUACGCAAAUGACAAAAAUUGUUAAUUCACUUAAUUGUUUUGCAGGCAGUAAAUUGAUUGGCUGUGUUUUUGUGUGUAACUAAAGAUAAUAUUUAUCUUCCAGAGUCUUAGUGUGGAUGCUGAUUUUCUAUUCUUUUUUUUCUUUUUCUUUUACAAUCAGAUGUUUUAGACUUCUCUUUGGGAGAGUUUGUGUUAGACUAGUGGAUAUUCGAAUGAUCUCUCAACCCAUUUUGGCACUUCUUAAAAAGAAACUAGAAAAUUACAUUUGCCAAUUUUGUUGAAUUGCACCAUAUGUAUUUAUAUUGAGUACAUUCUCUCCACUAUUGAAGUCCAGUUUGUAGUGGAGGAGAGAGCUCUUUGCUAUAUAAGGUUUUUUUGGGGGGGGGGGCGUUUUGGUGCAGAUGUACCUUUUGACGAUCUUUACAGAAUUCAGGAUGUGUCCAAUGCAAGGCCUGCAGCCCGAAUCCAGUCCACUGUGUCAUUUUAUGUGGCCCGAAAGGCUUUCAAUGCCAGGGCAACAUAGUUACAUUUAUAGUCUUUUGAAAACAACCAUAAGACUGAUGUGGCCCUCGGUCAAAAUGAGUGCUAACCCAUCUCCUUUUUUCCACCUCUGUCCGAUCUCACACAUGUUUUUCACUGCAAAUAAUGGCCAUGUCUGUAUCCCAAAUACACAUCAUGGAUAAUGUACGUCUGCACCAAGUUGUAACAAUUUGUGCUGAAAAUGAAAAGUAGGGUACUCAGAUAGGAGAGGAUGCUUUCUGCACUGAACCAUAGAUGAGUCUUCAUCAUAGUGCUUCCCUGAGUAAUCCUAUGGCAUGAAGGAUUUACAUCUUCCUUCUGUGUUUUUAGAAAAUGUGUUGCAAUGCUCCUUAAGUCUAGAAGUGAAUUUUAUAGUUAAUCUUCAUUGUCUUCCCAGUGCUAAUGAAAGCUUGGUUUUCAUGACUACUUCAGACUCAAUGUACGGUGCAGUGGUUCUCAACCUGUAGGUCCCCAGAUGUUUUGGCCUUCAACUCCCAGAAAUCCUAACAGCUGGUAAACUGGCUGAGGUUUCUGGAAGUUGUAGACCAAAACACCUGGAGACCUGCAGGUUAAGAACCACUGGUAUAGCACCCUUAAAACAGUGAGUUUUUGAAGUACAUUACCUCGGCAUCCUGAUCACACCAGGUUCACUCAGGUCCUGUUGGUAGGCACUGGACGUACGGGUCUGUGCUGUUUGGUUUUAGGGUGAAAACAUUGUGGGAUUAGAAAUUGCGAGCUUAACCCUGAUUAAAAUGUUGUGAGACUUGAGGUUGGUUGCUUAUUGGUGAACCUCUAGUAGAAUGGCAGUCUUCCUUGCUGAGCACACUUUUGAAAAGUAUGCACAGCCUGUCUUUCUGGAAAAAAAAUCAAGGCUUCCUUUUUAGACAAGAGAUGUUGCGUUCUGUAUUCCUGUGGCAAUUCAUUUAAAACUGGGUGAUCUCGUGGUGUCGUCAUUUCCCAACAGUUUCAGUAAUGCAGAAGUAAACCCACCUGAUCUAAUUCUCUGUGAGAAAAUGUCAUUAAUUGAGGAGAUCUAUCAAUUGUAUUUGGGGGUGAAAUGUUGGUGCACUGAGCACUCUUUCCAGUCUUUCAGUGUGCAUGUGGCUUAAUAUGUCAUAAUUUUAAAAAUACAAAAAAAAAUAUAAUAAUCAGGAGAACAGUGGCUAAUCUAACUCCAGGCUGUAGUGUCUGUAGCGUAAGGCUGGAAUAAAGUCUACUGAAACAAUAUUCUAAAGAGUUUUAUGUAGUUCAGAAUAUUUUCUAAUAAAUUUUUUUGACUAA